UGCUAGUAAUUGUAAUGAAUAGCAAUUAAAAGAGUGAUAGUGAGUGGGUAAUUGGUAGUACACGGUUUGCAUUAGUUUGAUCUCCGGGUUCAAACAGAUGUUUCUCCGAUAGAAACGAAUAUAAGAUUUCGCUUGAAUUACUCCUACUCCAGCUUUAUUUUGUGAAUAUCAAACAUUGGUAUGACGAUUGUGCGAUGCAAUUCAGUAACAACCUAUCAUUGUGCGAUAAUCAGGUACCACAGGGCACACCGAUAAAGAGAGAAAAGCAAAUCUAUGAACGUACGAAUACAUGCAUGUAUUUCUUAAUGACAGAACUGUACAUAUAGUGAUAAUGUGAGAAAUAGUGAAAAGAAAGAGGAAAAGACAACACCAACCUCGGAGCAAGAAGGGAUAGCACCAAGGGCUUCGUCAUCUCCUUUUCCCACUGCAUCGUUUUCCUUGUUGAACAGUGCUUUUCACCGUGCGGGAGAUAGCCGACAGAAGUAUUCCAAGCUUUGCUGGAGUUAGAAGUGCUUCUCAACAGCGAUUUUGAUUGUUGAUUUUUGUGAUAAACUAGUGUGUUAAGCAAUACGCAUUGCCGAGCAUUUUACCGUAUCUUCAGCGAUUGUUGUCGACAUCUUGCAGUGCAGCUGGACUACAAUAAUACUAAAUGCAUCGAUUCGAACUUGGUUGUUGCUACUAACGUAGGCCUAUUGACUAAAUCAUAUUUCAACUGACACAGGAACGCUAAGCAGCAAUCAUGCUAUUCGUUUUUCACGUUGAAACCGGUCGAAUGCUGACCUUCGAGAUGGGCCGUGCGAUGGGAGAAGCACGUUGCCUAAAACAAGCCAUCCAUCGGGAACACGGCCUCCCGUACGAAAGCAUUGUGCUGCUGAUCAGUGGGGGCGAACUGUUACGAGAUUCUAGCCGCGUGUGCAAUUUCUCCUGUGGCACAGACACGAACCCAAUCUACAUGUUCAGUACCAGCCCGUCGGAUUCCAAGGAUCAGCCUCAUCAACCCUGGCCGAGUAUAGAAUCAGACAACGAACUGAAGGCUCAGGUGGAUAGAUGCCUGGAUCUGCCAGCCGAAUACAACACGGUUGUGAGACGAGCCCAACUCGCACAUAAGUUUAACGAGAUGGCAAAGGAGGAAGUGAAGAUCUGUGUGCAACUGGUUUACGAGCAGCAUCUGCAGCAGCAAGGAUGGGCUGCUAUCGUGGCCAACAUGGAAGACGUUGUGGCGGAGUUUCAAGAACGGUUCGCUGUUUUCGAGCGAAGCUACGAAGAGCACAAGGAACAGUACAGUGAACAGGGCGAUUUUUUACCUUCAUUUGGCGAUGUCCUAGAAAAGCUCGCCGAUAUUCCGAUUCUGUCGACAUUGAUGAAGAAUGCAGACUCGCGUCCAUUUGGUGCGUUCGAUGAACUGUGUGCAUCCGCUGGCAAACUGAACAUGUCGACCGGAAGCAAUAAUUCGAGCAAAAAUGAAGCAACGAGCACUAGCGUUGGUAGUGGUGGCGCUGCCCCAGUGCCAGAAGCAUCAGCGAGUGCUGGAUGUAGUGAACAAACUUCAGAAUCGGCGGAAGGAGCUGCGGCGGAUGUCAAAGAAUCGGUUUUAUCCGAAAACGACAAAGUAAAGUGUAUCUCCUUGCUAGAUUGGCUCUCGGCGUCUGAAGGACAGAAAACUAUAAAGCGUAUCGCGCAGGAAUGUCAUCAUAGCUUGGAUCAACUCGAAAAAUUUACCAUGCCUGCGCUAAGAGAAAACGUCAAAAAGGCAGUCGAAUUAUCUCAAAGGGAAGAUAUGAAGGAAAUUAAAGGUCUCGGGCAGCGGCUAGGCGGACUUGACCAAUUGAUGGUUGAAGUGAAGCAGUACGAAAGAGAACAAGCUGUCUUGGCUCAAUCGUUUCAGCAAAAUCAGAUCCGAGCGGGUAGUCUGGGAGACAUAUCAAUUCUACCGGAUUUAUGUGCUACCCAUCGUAGUCAGCUAGUGGUACUGUUACAGAAUCAGAGAAAUUUGCGCGAUAUUCGUCGUCGCUGUACGAAAGCGAAGGAUGAAUUGUGUGCCAACUUAGUUCAACGGCUUCGCAGAUACAUUAUGCACGUGGAAACUAAAGUGUUCGAGCUAGACAACAGUUUGCUGUUCUACCACUCCUGUCUGAAGCGACUGCAAAGAUAUCUGGGGAUUAUUGAACAAAUUCAAAUAGCACCUUGCUUGUACGUUAGUGCUGUUACGGAAGUGGUUCGUCGAAGGAUGUUCUCUGGUUCUUUCCUAAAAUGGGCUUCGGAUUUAGCGAGCCGUCUAAUGACAAUACACAAUGAUGAAGUUGUGCGGCGACAUAACUUUACCACACAGUUCGAGGGCCACUUUUUGAACACACUUUUCCCCGGUCUGGAGGACAUGCCACCACAAUAUGCAAUUCCGGCGCCGUCAGUUUUUGAUUCUAGUCUACCGAGUUUGGACAAGCAAGACCUUGAAGAACUUUCACGUUUCCUACCUGAGCUCACGGAGAAGAUCCAGUUACCAAAUCUAGAUUCUGUGAUAGAUUUUUUUUCAUCUAGAUCAGUAGAGCCUAAUCAGAGCAAAACCAGUGAGCUAAAGUCGGGGGAAAACGUGGGACAAACUGAAAGUGAAAAUGCGCUCGGCUCAGAAAGUGCAACAGCACAUCAACAGACGAAAGAUGGUGGUGAAUCGGAAACCGAUACUGAAGAGUUUGAAGAUGUGGGACCAAGUACGACGGAUCGUCGUCAUCGUGGCCGCGUGAAGGUGGAGUCCUGCAGUAUGGCAACCUCUACUGAACAAGUGCAGCAAGCGUGCGCCGAAACAUUGACAGAGGAAAAUCUCGGCACCACACGUAUCGAGGUGGAGAAGUUGAGCGGUAUUUUGCGGAACAUGGACCAGCUCUCACAGUCGUCGAUCGCAUUCUUGCGCGAGCAGUUAGCCGCACUCAAGGCAGAGAACGUGGCGAGCAAGGCCGAGUUUCGAAACCAGCUGGAAUCCAUCAACAAAUCCUGGUCUGCGAUACAGGACGAGUGUCGAAACCGAGAACGCGAAAUGAUUCAACAGCUCACCGUUGACCACGAGCUGGAGAUGAACGAUCUUAAAAAAAGUAUCCAUCAAAAGGACGACGAGAUUCAAUCGCUUCGAUCGGACAACACCACGAUGAAGGCGAGCCUGAUUGAAACGGUGUCCAAGUAUGAGAGCGAGGAAAAGGAGCUGAACGAUAAGAUCGAUGAAAUGAAGGAAGAGAUCCGCAAAUUGACAAAUCAAGUUGAAGAUGCGCAGGUCGAUCAAAAGAAGGCAAUUCAGGAGGCGGUUGACCAGCUUGAGCACAAGCACAAAAACGAUAUUGAAUCGCUACGUUGUCGAUACAAGUUAAUGACAAGUAUGGAUCGUUCCCCGUCUGACACAAGCCUGGAGAAGAUUGAAAGGCCCGAUGUGAUCGACAUUGCCAGCCACGAGCAGUUGAUGGCUCAGGUGAGGGAAGAUUUCAACGAUGAGAAGGAACUCGCAAUUAAAACUGCCGUAGAUCAGGAGCGACAGCGAUGGGAAGCCACACUGAAGAUCCAGGAGCAGCGUUCGAUGGCUAGUAGUUCGCCGGGGGUAUCUUCUGGUAGCCAUGAAUGCUACAAAAGAAUUCUCGAGGAGAAAGAGCGUCAGCUGGAUGAGCUGCGCGAAAAAGAAGCUCUUUUAGUUAGGGAGAAUCAACGGUGCAAAGAAACGAUUCAAUUAUUGUCGGAACUGGAAGUGUCUGCCGGUCAGGUCAAUAUGAAGUAUCGAAUCGAUGAUUUGGAGCUCGAGAAGGAAAACUUGAAGAAAGAAUUGGAUAAACUUCAGAACAAAGUUGGAGCAAUAUCAAUUCAGACUUGUGCAAAGGGGGAUGCUGUGUUAAUCGUUUACAAUGCUACCUAUGAGCAAUAUACUAUAGUGCAGAACGCGCCGUGCUUGUAUUUCCUUCACGCAGAAAGCUAUCAAGCGUUAAAUCUUCCACCACUCGAGCCGGGCAUGGUGCCAAAGAUUCUACACACUAUGGGUAUAGUAGUGAAUAAAGACUACUGUCAUGCACGCAAGGAUAAAAAUCGAUACAAGGUAUCACAGGGAACCCGUUUCUAUCGAGUGUCGGUGAAGGCAUUGCCAAGCAGCAGUGGCAGCGUGAGUAGUACCUCUGCCAGCAGCAGUGCAUCGAAGAGUUUCGAUAACGAUAAGUCAUCAAAGAAGAGCAAAGAUAAAAUGUCAGAAUCAAGUCGAACUUCUUCAACACUAACCAAUCAGAGCGCCUCCGGUCAUCUCAUCGAUUCGUUCGCACAAACAGAACAUAUGGCCUCAUCGGUGACCGAGGGCACACUGAUUCUUACCAGUACAAGUCAAGAUAUGACCGACUCCGGCGUUGCUGAGCAACAGAAGAGUUAUAAGGAGCGCACGACCAGUGCAACGGACGAGGAGGACAUCACAUACAGCAGAAUCACAAGUUCCUGUGCGGAUGAAAGUGAUUUACAAUGUCGGCUCCGCAAUCAAAGCGUGUGUGAAGAAGUUCAGGAAGAUUUGAUUGAUUCACCGCAACAGGAAACAAUCACUAGCAGCACUACGGCCCGGCUGCCAGGUACAACACCAUCGCACAGUCUUGGUUCGUCUGCGUCGGCACCGAUCGAGUCAGUGGGUGGUGGUGAUGGGGUCGACAUGGUCGAUGGCGCCGUUUCCACCGUGCUCCUUAGUACCAGCACCGGUAGUAUUGAGGUUGACACCAGCAACCUAGCCGCCGACGAAAUCACCAAAAUCACCGUAGAUGGUAGCGGCACGCUAGUAGCGCCCUCGAGCUACCCCCAGUCAGAUGAUGUAAGCGAUUCGGCCGACUCGGAGUAUCGUUCGCUCGAGAAUAAGGACGAUGACAGCGAUGCGCUAAACUGUGGUCUCGAGAAUGAACACUUUUGAGGACAGGACACUGUGUUUGAUUAGCUCGUUGCUGAUUUAUUGCCGCGCUUUGGAGCGGUGAAACAUUUCCGAAGAAGUGAUACACAUGCUAACACAACUAGAUUUGUAAUUAAUUAUUGUUGCACAAUAUCACACCGUAUUUUUUUUCGCUUCGACUUUAUUUUUGAACUAAUGGGUGAGUUACUUUCAUUCGAUAAAUAAUGAUAACACGUGUGAAGUGUUGACAAUUUGAUUUGUGGAGUGGCUUCAGCAUCCGGAAGGAUGAACAACUCGGGGGAAACAAUUUGAAUAUUGUCUAACCGUGGUGUCAAAAACGAAACGUCCUUUUUUUCGCUGUAAAUCCAAACCAGUGAUCAUCAUAGUAUAUAAUCAACGUAUUUUUCUUUGAUUUCACAAAUAACAUUC